CCCUAUGAGUAAGAUUUACAUUAAUAAUGGUUACAUGCAUUAAUAUAUAAUACUUAAAUGUUCUACAACUUUGGCAAAAAAAUUUCACUUUAACAUCCUCUCUCUCUCUCUCUCAAAACAUCGUAGGGGUCUACAAUGUAUUUAUGUAGAGUGUUCUUUCUUCAUUGCUCAACACUUUUCUGUUCCUCGUCCUCAAGUCAUUGAGACUUCAGAUCCAAGGGAGCGAGGGAGCAUCGACACUGAAGAAGUCCCUAAUGGCAAUGUUUCACCUGUGAUUCCAGCAAGAUUCUCUAAUCGCAGCUCUGGCUCAUAUCCGUUGUUUCCGCAUAUUCCUGUACCAUCUGAGAGAAGAAUCUUCUGGAGGGUCUCACGUCCUGGGGUGAUGAUAGCUAGGCAUUAUAUUUGCCAUCCAUAUCACAAUCACAGUACCCUUGGAAGAACCGACAACUCAAUGGUUAAUACACCAAUGGUUCAGUGUUAUCCAAGCAGCAGCACAAUGCAACUAAACUCUAAUCCGUCAUUUUUGGCACCGAUCUCACGUGGUCAUGACAUAACAACCAUGACUAGAGGAAUCUCAGAUUCUUGGUUACCUUCACAUGGUUCGAACCAAGUCAAUAGCAUUGGCUCCUCUAACGUAUGGGUGACUGAUAAGCCUUUCUUGGAGCAGGUGCAACACAUCAUGAUGGAAAGCGAGUUCUACACCAUGGUUUAUGGUGACAGUUCUGCCGGCAGAGACGAGACCGGUGGCAAUGGAAACGACAUGGAGGUGGAAGCGGCAGCCAUGGAGGCGGAGGAACCAAUGGAAACGGAGGAAUCGGCAACGUUGGUGGAUGUGGCAAUGGGAACCGGCAAUGGGAUAAGUGGCUAAAGCUGAAGUUUGUGGUGGCUGUAAUAAGCUGUA